AUGGUCAGCGAGGUGGUGGCGGAGACGAUCAAGCCGCUCGCCUCCGGCGGGGCCGCCAGCGCGGACCUCGCGGCGCUCGAGCAGGCGCUCGCGAAGGUCUCCGAGGCGCGCGAAGCCCAGGCCGCGGGCCAGCGGGGCUUGCAGAGCGCAGUGCGCCGGGCCGCGGACUCGUGGGCCGAGCAGUCGUCGCUGGCGGUCACCACCAUGCUGCAGAAGGAGCUGUCGAAGAUCUCCGACGGCGUCGCAGUCACGCUCGCACAGCAGCUCUCGCAGUCGAAGAGGUUCUGCGAGGCGCUGGCGAAGGGCGUGCAGAGGAUCACACCGCCUCGCGCGCCCGGGCCGCUCCGGCGGCCGCCCCGCGGCGCGGGGCACCCCGCGCGGCCGGGGCGGAUGCACGGGGCUGGCCCCUGCGGCUGCGGCACCUUCGGCGCCGCGGGCGCCGGCGCCGGGGGCGAGCAGGCCAGCUUCGCCCCGACCAGCUUCGGGCCCGCGGGGCCGGCGUGCUUCGGGCCCCUAGGCGGCGCGGGCGGGCUGGGCGGCCUCGGCGGCCUGGGCAGCUUCGGCAGCGCGGGCAUGGGCGGCGUGGGCAUGUUCGGCGCCAUGGGCGGCUGCGGCGGUAUGGGCCUGGGCUUUGGCGGCCUCGGGUGCGCGGCGGGCGCCGGCGUCUGCGGCAGCGAGGCGGCCUUCCUCGGCGCGCUGCAGGCGUCCGGCGCCGGGGGCGGGCGCCUCACGCUGCUGCUGCCGCGCGGCCUCGUGGGCGGCGUGCUGGUGCCGAGGGGCCUCAUGGCCGAGAUCGCGCAGAGGUCGGGGUGCAGGAUAGACAUCGGGGGCGAGGGCCCCGCGGAGACGAUGCAGGUCUCCCUCACCGGCAGCUUCGCCGCGAACUCCUUGGCGGCCCUGCUGCUCCAGGAGAGGGCGGUGCAGUUCCAGCAGGAGCAGCCCUGA